GGGGAUGAACACACACAUGCACAGGCAGGGAUGUGAAGAGUGAGCUCACACACACACACCUCUCCUGAUUCAGCGGAACAGAUUUAUUCGUCACCUCUCUCGGGCAGCCUCACGCAGCGAGCCGGCUGCAAAGCACAAGACAAUCCCCAACGCAGCAGCACCUGCCCCGUCCAUCAACCCAUCUGUCUGUCUGUCUGCGCCGAUUAACGCCUCUGUUACAACUCUUGACUGCAUGUUUACCGGCGUCUACUGCGUUUGAGAGGCGGAUGGGGGGGGCACGACAUCCAGAGAGACGAGCAGCGAAUGUAAAUAAUGGGGAAACUAAAAAGGGACGACUGCAUUGAGGAUGGGCCAAUGGAUAAACUGCGGGACAAAUAGAUAACCCCCCAUACAAAACUCUGUUUCUGCAUCUCUACCUUGGGACCCUCCUACAGGGAGAUGUCAUUCAUUAUGGGAUAGAUGGACAGGUCUGCCCGUUGCCAUGGAUACCAGCACGCGAAAAUUCACAGUGCGGAGAUGGUUUUCUAUCUAUCUGAAGAACAAGGCGGCGAGGAACAAGAACAACACUGGCUUCUGUCAACUAGAGGAUGAUAGUAUACUGAAGGAGAUUGACAUCAGCCAUCAUGUUAAGGAGGGUUGUGAGAAAGCAGACCCCUCUCAGUUCCAGCUGCUCAAAGUGCUGGGACAGGGCUCCUAUGGAAAGGUGUUUCUGGUGAGAAAGAUCAGAGGAGUGGACAGAGGGCAGCUGUAUGCCAUGAAGGUCUUGAAGAAAGCCACACUAAAAGUUCGUGACCGCGUACGGUCUAAGAUGGAAAGAGACAUUCUGGCAGAAGUGAAUCAUCCAUUUAUAGUUAAACUGCACUAUGCCUUCCAGACAGAAGGAAAACUCUAUCUGAUCCUAGACUUCCUCAGAGGAGGAGACCUUUUCUCUCGACUGUCAAAGGAGGUAAUGUUUACUGAGGAGGACGUGAAGUUCUACCUUGCAGAGUUGGCCCUGGCCUUAGACCAUCUACACAGUCUGGGGAUCAUCUACAGGGACCUGAAACCUGAAAACAUUCUUCUGGAUGAAGAAGGAAACAUUAAGAUAACUGACUUUGGAUUGAGUAAGGAGGCCAUUGACCAUGAUAAAAGAGCAUAUUCAUUCUGUGGAACAAUCGAGUACAUGGCUCCAGAGGUUGUGAACAGGAGAGGGCACACGCAAAGUGCUGACUGGUGGUCAUUUGGGGUACUUAUGUUUGAGAUGUUGACAGGAUCAUUACCAUUCCAAGGAAAAGAUCGUAAGGAAACAAUGGCGUUCAUUCUUAAGGCUAAGCUGGGAAUGCCACAGUUCCUCAGUCCUGAAGUGCAGAGUUUAUUAAGAGCGCUCUUCAAGAGGAACCCUGUAAAUCGACUAGGUGCAGGACCAGAUGGAGUGGAGGAAAUAAAAAGACAUCGCUUCUUUGCAUCCAUAGACUGGAAUAAGUUGUACAGGAAGGAAAUGAGGCCUCCAUUCAAACCCACAGUUGGAAGACCUGAAGACACUUUCCAUUUUGACCCUGAGUUCACCUCCAGAACACCCACUGAUUCUCCCGGCAUCCCUCCCAGCGCAAACACACACCAGCUGUUUCGUGGCUUCAGCUUUGUUGCAACGAGUCAAAGUCAGGAGCCUAGCAUCGCUACGGUAGCACCUUCUCGUCAGGAAGUGAACAACAUUAAUCCCAUAGCAAAGCACCUCCAAGGGGACGUGGCCUUCAGUGAUGUUUAUGAGCUCAAGGAGGAAAUUGGACAGACAGCGACUUCUGUCUGCAGAAGUUGUCUGCACAGAGUUACUGCUGUGGAGUAUUCAGUGAAGAUCAUUGACAGAGGCAGAAAAGAUCCAUCAGAGGAGAUUGAGAUCCUGUUAAGAUACGGACAGCAUCCACAUAUUAUUACCCUGAAGGAUGUGUAUGACGACGGCCAAUGUGUGCACCUGGUACAAGAUUUACUAAGAGGAGACGAGCUGCUGGACAGAGCUCUGACAGUGCCUAACUUUACAGAGAGAGAUGCGUCAGACAUCAUCUGCACACUGACCAAGACUGUGGAAUAUUUACACUCGCAGGGGGUCGUGCAUCGAGACCUGAAGCCUAGUAACAUUCGCUAUUCUGAUGACAGUGGACUCCCACAAUCCAUCAGGAUAUGUGAUUUUGGUUUUGCCAAGCAGCUUAGGGCUGAGAAUGGCUUGUUGAUGACUCCCUGUUACACAGCUACGUUCAUGGCUCCUGAGGUUCUGAAGAAGCAGGGUUAUGAUGCAGCCUGCGACAUCUGGAGCCUGGGGAUCCUGCUCUACACCAUGAUAGCUGGCUUCAGUCCAUUUGCCAGCAGCUCUGAUGACACAGCAGAGGAAAUUCUGGCUCAAAUCGGCAGUGGAAAAUUCAUUAUCACAGGAGGGAACUGGGGCCUGGUAUCAGACGCUGCCAAGGAAAUUGUGAUGAAGAUGCUCCACGUGGACCCUCACCAGCGCCUGACUGCCCCACAGGUUCUUCGUCAUCCCUGGAUUGUAGACAGAGACCAGCUCUCUGACAGAGCUCUCACCAGACAAGAUGCUCUUACUGUUAAGGGGGCACUGUCUGCCACCUACUCAGCUCUGAAGCGCUGUGCUCCUGCUCCAGUAUUGGAGCCUGUUCAGUCCUCCUGCCUCGCUCAACGGCGAGGGAUGAAUAAACCGGGGAGUCCCGAAGAGAAUUCAGACCCCAAAGAAAAGGAAAAGCCUCAACAAUCUGAAUGAAAGUUAAAAUACAUUUAAAAUAGACCCACAUCAUUAAAGAAGACAUACUCUUUUUGAAAAGCAUAAACCGUGUCACAAAGUGCUCCUAGGCCUAUAAAAACUAAAUGUAGCAGAUUUUAGAAAUCUUGUUGCAAAGGGAACUAAGCCUAAUUCCCUAUAACAAUAAAGCAGUCCACAAGCACAGGUAUCAGGACUAGCUUCAGUUCACCUAAUUUAAAGUGUACAUUUUAAACCUUUUCAAUUGUGAUGUAAAAUUCAUCAUGCACACCUGUGACUCGUAUUUGAAGAAGUUGACUAUUAUUGCUCUAAAAUCAUAAUCAUCAUCUAAAUCCUGAGCACAGAGGGUUUCAUUCAAUCAAGCAGAAGCUUUGUCCAAUCCCUCAGUUGUCCUGUGGGUAUUAUAAGCUCUGUUUGACGGGUGCCCUUACUUUCAAUUGGUUGAAAAAACUAUCUAAAGUAAAAUCUAGAUUUUAUUUUCUCAUUCAAAUUUUGAGCCUGGCUCUCAGACAACCUUUCUCAUAGUUUGGUGAUGGCUAUGAAAAUGUAAAACUAAAUUAAAAAAAACACAUGUAUGUUUACUUCUUCAGAGUACAAUUAUAAAUGUACUGCAAUAUCCACAGACAAACCAAAGCCACCAAAGCUCCAACCGCUGAAAGCGGGAAAAAUGAGUCCGGUCACCAACUUCAGAAAAAGCAGUAUUCAGUGCCACAAACAACAUGCCAUGUAGUCAAUUUACUUUAGGUUUCAUAUUUAGCACAUACAUGUAUGUCCCCAGGAGUAAACGUCAUACAUUAAUACAGUCUUCCACAGUCAUUGCUCUAACAUAUAUCCAACUAUAGAUAUGUUGAAUCAUCAUCAUCUAACAAUAGAUAUAGGUUAGAGUAACAUGCAUUUGAAUGAGGUACUCUCACUCUGAUUAUAACAUGUUUCCUACAAUCGAUCCUCUGAAUUCUACAGAGUUAUGCAUGUUAAAAAUGUAAAUAUCCUACCAAAGGGAAUUAUUAAGUUACCAAUGCCAUUGAAGUCUUAUUGUCAAUAAUAUGUUUAAUAAUUAUACUGUAUGUAUUGUUGUCUUCCAUGAAUACAGCCUUUGACUAUUGUAAAAUGUAUUGUUAAAUGUAUCACUACUGCACUUCCCAGAUCAGAUGGAACAGUGAGCUAUGAAGGUAUUUAUGUUGAACGUAGUUUGUUGUGUUUUUCCAUAACAUAUUCAAAAUGUUAUGUGGCUUAAGAGACGUCAUAGAGGCAGGAAAACCGGGGGAGCAUCAUAUCGCUCUUUGGUAAAUCUCACACUCAUAGCAAAACUCUGCAGGCUAUACUUUGAAAUAUUAACUCAGCAAUCACUGUGAUAAAUCAUCUUUCAGUGUGUGCUUGAGUGUGUCAAGUAUAGGUGCCAGUACACCUCUGUUUGUGUCUGUAAGCUAAAAUGUUUGAGAACCACUGUGUCAGAGGAAUGUAUAUAGGUCUACUGUCUAUUGCUGCUGCCCUGAUUGUAUCUAAUAAGUUGUACAAUCGCAAAUACGAGGUAAGACAGAACAGGGUGUUUUGCAGACACGAGUAGCACACUUUGUGUUGUACAAUUUACCAGUAGGAAUGUAGAUUAUGAUGCUCCACAGCAAUACACAUACUUACUGGUCAGACGUAGGACGAAACAUAUUGUCACGUGUAACCAAUAAGCACUGCAGCAGAGAAACGGUAAUUCUGUACAUAUUAUGUUUGCUGAUCCUAAGGCUGUAUGUGUUGUGACACAUUGCACAACUGUGAGUGGUGUAGCUGGGACUGAUGCAACUGUGAGGAUGCAGAUAAGGUUGUAGAUAUUGUGUUGUUCAAGGUGAAGCUGUAAAUAUUGUUUACUAAUUUAGAUUGUACAUAUAGUGUGGUACAACUAUUGGCAAGCAGUACGACUGUAUAUAUUGUGUUUGCAGAUAGAGAUUGUACAUAUUAUUUUGUCCAUUGCUAUCCAUUGCUCAGAGUGUACAUACUGUCUAUACCUGGCCAAUCACUGAACUUAUUGGCUAGAAUGCCAAAGUUUUACAAAUAAAGGAAAACAACAGAAACUGCACUGAAAUUUGCAGAUUUGUUUUAAAUAAUAUUUAUGUUCCUGCAUGUGUAAAUGCAAUUGAGCCAUCAUUCAUUUGUAUUAUUUACCUGUGCGUUUCCUUCUCUGACAUGUCAAAAUGCUGUCUGUGAAAAAGAUCUAUAAGUACAGUGCAAUAUUUAACAUUACAUCUCCAGACCUCCCAAAAGAGUAACACUAUUGCACAAUUUUUACUUCACUUUCCUUAAAUCUCAAACUAAGAACUGAGCUUACAAUAUGUAUUCAAGGCUGUUUGAGCGUAGUAAACGAUUAAUUGUGAGGGGUGAUAUGAGGCGGGACAAGUUUGUAGCCUACUGGUAGGCAGCCAGGAACAGAAAGUAGACAAAGACAUGUAGCUCUAAAAUGCAUUUACGCUUAACAAAUAAAUCGAUCUUACAAAUUCUGCAAGUACAUUAACAGUCUGUCAAAUUGUAUGCAUUAAAAUGCACGCAAGAGCAUGACUAAUAAUUAUGAAAGGUGGAGGAAAUGUAAAUUAUCUUUCCAUAGAGUGAAAUGUAAUAUAUUUUUAGGUGAGGAAAGUUCAGUUUCUGUAACUUUCUCUCUAUCCAUGAUAAUGUGGCAGCAAGCCACUAGAUGGCAACCAAUCAUAACCUGUGCUCUCACUCUCUCUCUCUCCCUUUCUAUUUCUUACCAGAAGUUGUCCCUUUGGAGCCUUAAUCCCCCCAAAAAAGAAGUGAGGAACCCUUUAAUUUAUAUC